GCGUGACCGUUCUUCUUUGUCGAGGUGUUGUUAGUGAGCAUUUUGGUAGAAGACCUAUACCAACACGUUUUGCGAUUCAUUUAUAUAAAUAAAUCCGACUCGUUUAAAAAAAACUACUCAUACAUUUUUAUGCGGGAAUUUCGAUCAAUAGGCAUUUCGAUAGGCUUAAUUUCGAUAGAAAAAGAAAAAGACAUUUUUCGCACUGGACAUAAUUUUCCACUUUGACCUAGUAGGUACUUAGGUCUAGACAAGUAGCAUUUUUUGAUAAAUGCAGUGAAGCAGAAUUUAUUAAUGACAUGAUGGCCAUUUAACUUAUUUCUAUCGCUUACCAUGUCGUGCAAGGCAUUUGCAAGGCUGUCCAAUGGACAGUGAACAGUGUCCACCACCUAAAUCAUAAUAAAAUACAAAGAUGACGUAGGGAGCUAAACUUCAAACAAUGAUUACAAAAUCGUUAUCAUACCCUAUCAAGAUUUAUUUCCUUGAUGGCACCUAGCUAACUAUUAACUCUACCUACCCUACCUAUUCGCUUUCUGAAGCUAUGAUGGAAAAUAACGCGGCGUUUCCAACAAGUUACCAUGGUAACAAAAUGGUACAAAUAGACGUCACUUUGGUGUUUACAUACUGAGUGCUGCUAAGUGAUAAAUCAGUCGAUAAAUCGGAUACAAAAGGCGCAGUUGUUUGUAGCAUUGCACCAGCUACGAUGGAGAAUCACGACGGCAAUGCAUGGGUUUUCGAUUCGCUGGUGGGGUUCCUACACGGACCCGUGUGGAACGUUCCUCUGCAGACGUUCAUAGAAGAGAAAUCUUUGCCGUUUGAGCCAACUGAUAAUGGCGAUGUACCGGACAGGCCGGAAUACAAAAAGGUUCACGAUGAAUACCGCAAUUUAGUGGACGUAAUGCUAGGCUCUUUCAUGGACGACAUUGGCAUCACCGCCGACCAAUUCGAGGCAGCUUGCCGUCUGUCAGCUCGCGACCUCGCUGGCCUGCCCGCUCACUUCCACCGAAGGCUCUUCGAGCAAAUCUGGGCCGCCAAUGAUUACGAAAUGUUCGUCAAGAUGAUGACUCAUAAGAACGUAGAGUUGCAGUUACAGGCGCUUGAAUUAAUUGAGCGACGUUUUGGAGCAAUGCCUAAUUUGUUUUCAUCUGAAGCCGAAGAGUUCGAUUCCCCGCGCAGCGAAGAAAGCGGCGACUGGCCGGACAACGACGAUGUUAUGACUGAGAUCAAAAAACUGCAACUGGACGAUUUAGAAACAAAAGACGAGAUUGUAAGUGUUCCUCCCGUGGAAGUGGUGGCUGAAAAGAAGACUCUUCUGUCCAAGCUUCAUAGCUUUGAGAAGAACGAUGAGAAGACUUUCAUUAAAGAGGAAUCUCCACCAGUCAAGAAGCCUGUUGCUAUUGUUGAGCCGCCGAAACCACCACCUAAGAAAGUUGAGGUCAGUGAGGAAGAAAUUCGUGCUCGACAGGAAUAUUUGAAACAACAAAGAGAUAAGCUGUUGGCGCUAAAGAAGCAGGUUCGGGAGAAGAGAUUGGGCGAGGCGGAGACUGCUACAGAAUCUGGAGGCGGCGAAGGUUCAUUCACCAGUGUGUCUCGGCCAAAGUCCGCGCGAGUUGCGCACGCGGCGUUGGCGGGCACCCCUCCCCCUCCCACCCCGGACGCGAUGCAACUGCGGAGAGCGCUCGCCUCCAAACUUAAGACUGAGGUUGUUGACUCCAACCACUAAAUGACUCAUUACAAUGUGUAAGGCAUGAUCUCACUUUUAACUUAUUUAAUUAUAUGGUGUUGCACGA